AUGAAUGUCCCUGGGCGGCCGCGCCCGGAUGGGGUCCUGACAGAGCCCCCUGAUGGCCUCGGGGUCGGGGAGACUACUCUGGGUUUAAAUGACAUCUCUCCAGAUGAAGGGUUAAUAGAGGACUUGAGUGCAGAAGACAAAGCUGUGGAGCAACUGGCAGAAGGAUUGCUUUCUCAUUAUUUGCCAGAUCUGCAGAGAUCAAAACAAGCCUUCCAGGAACUCACACAAAACCAAGUUGUAUUAUUAGAUACACUGGAACAAGAGAUUUCAAAAUCUAAAGAAUGUCAUUCUAUGUUGGAUAUUAAUGCUUUGUUCACUGAAGCUAAACACUAUCAUACCAAGUUAGUGAAUAUAAGAAAAGAGAUGCUGAUGCUUCAUGAAAAAACAUCAAAGUUAAAAAAAAGAGCACUUAAACUGCAGCAGAAGAAGCAGAAAGAAGAGUUGGAAAGGGAGCAGCAACAAGAAAAGGAAAUUGAAAGAGAAAAGCAGUUAACUGCCAAACCAGCUAAAAGGACAUGA